GCUUUGUUUAUUUUUUAGUUCCGACAUAUUGACUAUGGUCUGCUUGUUCUUAGUUGACGCAACAGGAGUCCCUAAUUUGUACUUGCUUACUGCACUGUUUGUGAUUAAUAUUAUUUUCCGGUUAAAAUAUGUUUUUGACCCCUCUAAAAUUUUCAAAGUUCAGUUUUAGUCCUUUUAUAAUUUUGAUUUAAAUAUGUUUUUGAUCCUUAAUAUAUAUUCAAUUUCGCAUUUGUACCCUAAUACACACACACACACAAGACUUGAUGAGAAGACAGCUUGAUGGGGCAUUACAAUGUUGUCUUCUGAAACAAGCUAAACAGGAAAUAGAAGCAAACAUGUAUACACAUAAUUUAACACUCCCCCUCAAGCUGGAGUUUAUAAAUCAUAUGCACCAAGCUUGAAACAUAUAAACUGAAUCUUAGUUCCCCUUCAGGACUUAGUCAAAAUGUCUGCUGGCUGAUCAUUAGAAUUGAUGAACUCAGUGGCAAUCUCCUUGGACAAUAAUUUCUCUCAAAUGAAGUGGCAAUCAAUCUCUAUGUGCUUGGUCCUCUCAUAAAAAACUGGAUUGGACGCAAUGUGGAGGGCUGCCUGAUUAUCACAAAGUAACUUCAUUUGUGCAACUUCACAAAACUUCAAUUCUUGAAGAAGUGUUUCCAAAACAAGAGAAAGGAAUAUAUCAUGAUGAGAGGAGAGAGAGAAACAAUGGAUGGGAGAGAGUUAGGACUAGGAGAGAGAGGAGAGCAACAGAGAGAGUGAGAGCAAGAGAGGGUCCCUACCUGACCAUCGCCGGAAAGAGGAACGGGCAGCAACAUGGCUACAUGCGAGGAAAUUGGAGAGACUGCCAGGAUGUGGCAUCGUUCUAUUUUACACGCUUCCCGGACAACGCAACAGAGACGGACCUGUGGCACCAUUUCAAAAAAAUGGGCAACUUGCAGGAGAUUUUCAUCUCAAAAAAGAGAAACAAAAAUGGCAAGAAGUAUGGUUUUGCAAGAUUUAGAGGGGUUAAUGAUGUGUACCUCUUAGAAAAGAAGCUGGACAACACUAUGUUUGGGGGCUGAAGAUGUAUGUCAACAUCCCAAAAUUUGACAGAAUCAAGCUCGAAAGGACUAAACCGGUAGCUAGGGGACGUACACACAAUGAGCAAAAGAAAGAGGAGACCAGAGGCAUGUACCAGUCAUUGAAGCAAGGAGUGACGGCGGGAACGAAGUGCGGCUCAUAUGUGGAUGCAGUGAUUAGAAACAUCCCAAUACACAAGCCAGAGAAGAACACCAACCAAGGAGGAUUGUACCUGCCACGGGUCGUGAUCAUUAGUUCACCUAGAUAUACCUCUAACAGGCCAAAAAUGGCUUAAAGAGGCAUGGGUGGGGAGAUUAAGAAACGUGGCGAUGUUCGACAGAGUAGAAGAUGAAAUCCCAUUGGAUAUCGGCGCCAACAUAUCGCCGAAAUACAUCGGGGAUGACAUGGUGUUGCUUCUCGGACUCACAGACAGCAAAGCACGAAGACUGAUGGAUGAAGAAAAUGAAGGGCAGGAUUCACUCUUCUACUCGUUGGAGAGAUGGAAUCCGAAGCUGUGGAUGGGUCACAAGCUGACGUGGGUUCGAUGUUGGGGAAUCCCCUUAACGGCUUGGGACACAGAGCAAAUAAAGAGGAUAGCGGCAUGCAUUGGCGACUUGGUGGAUGUCAAGGAUGAUGUGGAGGAGCUGCGGAAGCUGGAUAUGGCGUGGGUUUUAGUCAAAACACCAUGGAGCCCAUUAAUUCGACAUACUGUGAGUGUACACAUCCAAGGGGAGGUGUUCAAUGUGCACAUCACGGAGGAAUGUGGAAUCUGCCUAGACACGCACUCCUACGGACGACGGAGAGACUGGAGCUUGUCAGAGGAAAUUGAGACGGACUGCAGUUACAGUAGUUCGCCGCGGGCCGCCACACCGUGGUCGACGAAACAAGUGCCUAAGUUAACAGACGCGACGGCGACCACAGAGGAGAAAGCAACCAUCACACUCUCGCUGUCGGUAGCACCGAACGGCGGUUUCGCUCCCGCGCCAGCCAAUAACGGAGAAUGCAAGCUAUUACCCAGUGGAUCCAUCGAUCCACCUUACCCAACGGACAAAGGCAUUAUCCAAUGGGCUUGUGCACCAAACCAGGACACGGUCAGCCCGGACCAUACCUACGAAAGCAACUGCGCUAACACACUCCGGGGUGCCUUACACGAAAGAGGUGGGAGGCAGACCAGCGGAAGGUGUACCCCUAUCGGGAGCCAAAAGUGCAUGCACGAAAUGGGCAAAAUCUCUUAGGAGUGGACCGUUGAAGCAUUGGGGAGGAUGACACCUUUUUUAAAAGGGUCACGUGAUGAAGGGGAAGCAUGUGCAACUCGGCUAGAUUUUGCUACCCACACCCCUGCUAUAUUACUAACUCAACAACACCAUAGUCCAUUUAAAAGAAAAGUUUGCCCAAAUAGCCCGUGCAGUUUUUACUCACGAAAGACAUGGCACAAAAAGAAAGAAGCCCAAAGCUGCAAAGACCCUUGCACAGCCUCGAGCCCAUAUACAGCCAAACCAGAUCAGAAACCGCAGGAGUUAACUCACAAGCAACAAAACGAACUACAUCCAGACAUAAAUCCCACUACAGACAUACAUGUACAAGCAGCAAUUGACGACACAUUUUUGGCUCAUAAUCAGCUUCAAGAUGUGGAAUCCCCGUGGAAGGUGGCAACAGAUUUGGGAGUCACUUGUUGGACAUUGCAAACGGGGUACGUGUAGAAAUUAUUGGAAAUGGAAGCAAGAGAUACCAAAGAGGCCGAGAGGUUGGGAAAUAGGAGGAUGACCCCAUGAAUAUAAUUACCUACAAUGUAAGAGGGCUAGGGAGGGGGGUCAAGUGGCCAGUAAUCAGAAGGUUGGUCACCAAACAACACAUAGAUAUGCUGUGUAUCCAGGAAACAAAGAAGGAGGUCAUUGAUAGGUCCUUAUGUCAAGCUAUAUGGGGGAUAGUGAGGUCAGCUUGGCAACACUCCCUUCACUGAAUUCAGCAGGUGGAAUUUUAUGUGUUUGGAGCGAAAAAUCAUUUAUGCUAGAAAGGAAGGUUAUGGGGAAUGGCUUCAUAAUGUUAGCAGGGAUGUGGCUUAAGGAGGCUCAACGUGUUCAUAUCGUUAACAUCUACUUUCGCCUUGUGAUAUCCAAAGUAAAAGAGUGCUACAGGACAAUGUUAAGCAGCUGAAAAACCUUCAUUUUGGGGGUUUGUGGUGCAUUCUAGGUGAUUUCAACAAUAUUUGGAACCCUGCAGAGAGAAUGGGUGUUUGCCAAAGGGGAGUGGAGGAUGGCAGUUCUAGGGAGUUCAACGAUUGGAUUGCGGAGCUGAAGGUAGAGGAAGCAUCAUGGGUGGGCCAAAAAUUUACAUGGUCCAGACCAAAUGGAGCAGCUAGAAGUAAGCUGGACAGAUUCUUGUUAUCCCCUGAAUGGCUAGCUAAAUGGCCUGGAUCCUCCCAACACACACUGGAUAGGAAUUUUUCAGAUCACUGCCCACUGUUGCUUAGAUCCAAAUGUGUUGAUUGAGGCCCUAAACCAUUUAGGAUCCUUGAUUACUGGCUCACAGACAACUCUUUCAAGAAGAUUGUUCAAGAUAGCUGGACUUCUAAUCAACAAUUUGGCUGGGGUGAAUAUGUAUUAAAAGAGAAAAUUAAAAGACUUAAAAGCAGUAUCAAGACCUGGAAUAGAGAUCAGUUUGGUGAUACUUUUAAGAACUACAAGAAGAUAGAGGAAGAGCUAAACAAGCUGGAAGUGGACACAAUUGAAAGAUGCUUAGAGCCUUAUGAAUUGAUGACUAGGAAGAAGCUUCAGGAAGAAUUAUGGGCAGCGGCUCUCUCACAGGAGUCCUUAUUGAGACAGAAAGCGAGGUCUAGGUGGAUCAGAGAAGGCGACUGCAAUUUUAGAUAUUUCCACUUGUUGAUCAAUUCGAGCUGCAGAAAUAAUUGCUUAAAUGGAGUGAUGAUAGAUGGGUCAUGGAUUGAAGAGCCGACAGCAGUUAAAGAGGCAGUUAGGCUAUUCUUCUUGAAGCACUUUCAAGAAUCUGAUUACGAUAGACCGCAUCUGGUUGGGAUAUGCUUCAGGAAUAUUGGCAGACAGCAAAAUGAAUUGCUUGUGGAGUGAUUUCAGGAGGAUGAGGUCAAAAGGGCUGUUUAGAAUUGUGGGAGUGAAAAAAGCCCAAGCCUAGAUGGACUUAACUUUAAAUUCAUUAAGCAGUUUUGGGAUAUUCUAAAACCUGAUUUUCUCCGGUUUCUGGACGAAUUCUAUGUCAACGGGGUUUUUCCAAAGGGCUCUAAUGCAUCAUUCAUUGCCAUAAUCCCUAAGGUAGCGGAUCCACUUUGACUGAAUGACUACAGACCGAUCUCCUUGAUAGGCUGUAUGUACAAGAUAGUAGCUAAGAUAUUGGCCAACAGACUGAAGAAGGUCAUGCCUUUCAUUAUAGAUGAAAGACAGUCAGCAUUUAUAGAAGAAAGGCAUAUGCUAUACAGUGUGCUAAUAGCAAAUGAGGUGGUUGAAGAAGCGAAAAGAAGCCAGAAGCCAUGUAUUGUGUUUAAGGUUCAUUAUGAGAAGGCGUAUGACUCCAUCUCCUGGGAUUUCUUGAUUUACAUGUUGGGAAGAAUGGGAUUCUGCACCAGAUGGAUCCAAUUGAGGGGUGUCUAAAAUCAGCAUCUGUCUCAGUACUGAUAAAUGGUAGUCCAUCACCUGAGUUCUCCCCCCAAAAAGGACUUAGGCAAGGGUAUCCCCUAGCAUUGCUUCUUUUUAACAUUGUUGCCGAAGCCCUAAAUGGCCCAAUGUCACAAGCAAUGGGAAAAGUUAUAUUUAGGGGUUUCCCAGUUGGUCUAAACAAGGUGGAAAUUAGUGUCCUCCAAUAUGCAGAUGAUACAAUCUUCUUCGGUGAGGCUUCUAUGCAGAAUGUCAAAGCAAUCAAGGCAGUUUUGAGGACCUUUGAACUUGUAUCUAGUCUCAAAAUUAACUUUGUCAAAAGCAGUUUCGGAGCAUUGGGUAUGUCGGAUCAGUGGAAGAUUGAGGCAGCCAAUUAUCUCAACUGUAGUCUGUUGUCUUUCCCUUUCACCUACCUUGGUGUUCCUAUUAGAGCAAACCUAAGGAGAUGUCAGACAUGGGACCCUAUCAUUAGCAAGUGUGAGAGAAAAUUAGUGAAAUGGAAGCAAAGACACUUGUGUUUUGGGGGGAGGGUCACACUUAUACAGUCUGUCCUAACAUCCAUUGCUAUGUAUUUCUUUUCAUUUUUCAGGGUUCCCAGAAAGGUGGAGGACAAGUUGGUGAGACUGCAGGGACGAUUCCUAUGGGGUGGAGCACAUGAUCAAAACAAGAUAGCUUGGAUCAAGUGGGAUACAGUGUACCUCCCAAAAG